CUCAACAUUUCAGUCUCCAUCAUCUGUCCAAACUUUCUCAAUUUCUCAAAUUUUGGAUAUUCACCAACCAUAUACUAUAUCAUCAUUAUUUAAUACUUAUCCAAUAUGUCCAAAAUUGUCUCUUUAUAAGUCUCACUCACUUCAUAAACACAUAGCUCAAUCCAAAAUCCAUUCUGGUGUUUUAUUGAAUACUAUAAUCCAUGGAAGAUCAACUAGUAAAAACAAGUGAAAAUCAACAAAAACAACCCAUAAGAUGUAAAGCUGCGGUUUGUCGCAAACCAGGUGAACCAUUGAUUAUUGAAGAGAUCUUUGUUGCUCCACCAAUGCCACGUGAAGCUAGGAUUCGUAUUAUAUGCACCUCUCUAUGUCAUAGCGAUAUCAUUUUUUGGAACAUGCAGGGUCCUCCUGCAAUUGUUCCAAGGAUUCUGGGUCAUGAGGCAAUUGGGGUUGUGGAAAGUGUUGGAGAGGAUGUAACAGAACUUACAAAAGGAGACACUGUUAUUCCAAUCUUCAUGGCGGAUUGUGAAGAGUGUAUAGAUUGCAAAUCAACAAAGAGUAACCUUUGUUCAAAGUUUCCUUUCGAGAUUUCACCUUCGAUGAUUAGAUAUGAUACCAGUAGAUUCACUGAUCUAAACGGAGAGAUCAUACACCAUUUCCUAUUUGUCUCUAGCUUUAGUGAGUACACUGUGGUUGACAUUGCCAAUCUACUCAAGAUUGAUCCUGCAGUUCCUCCCAAUAGGGCCUGCCUCCUCAGUUGUGGUGUAUCAACAGGGGUAGGUGCUGCUUGGAAAACAGCAAAUGUGGAGCCAGGGUCUACAGUAGCUAUCUUUGGACUGGGAUGUAUUGGAUUAGCAGUUGCUGAGGGAGCUAGACUUUGUGGAGCAACUAGGAUUAUUGGUGUGGAUAUCAAGCCAGAAAAAUUUGAAAUUGGAAAGAAGUUUGGAAUCACAGACUUUGUGCAUGCUGGAGAAUGUGAAAACAAAUCUGUGAGCCAGGUUAUCAUAGAGAUGACUGGUGGGGGAGCAGAUUAUUGCUUUGAAUGUGUUGGUAUGGCAUCAUUGGUGCAUGAAGCAUAUGCUGCAUGUAGAAAGGGUUGGGGAAAAACAAUUAUGUUAGGAGUGGACAAGCCAGGAUCUAAGAUUAGCAUCAAUAGUAAUGAUGUUCUUUUUCAAGGGAAGACUCUUAUGGGAUCCAUAUUUGGAGGACUCAAACCCAAAACUGAUGUGCCAAUUCUUUUUAAACGCUACAUGGACAAGGAACUAAAUUUGGAUGAGUUUGUCACACAUGAGGUGAAGUUUAAAGACAUCAACAAAGCUUUUGAUUUAUUGGUUAAAGGAGAGUGUCUUAGAUGUGUGAUUUGGAUGGACAAAUGAGUUCAUCUUUGUGUAUGUCAAUGUAAUAAUUGUUACAUUUAGACCUUGAAUUAUGUCAAUAUGUAAUAUGUUGAAUAAUGCCAUCUUUUAUAUUUGAUGAAAAAACAUAUUUCAUCUAAAUAUAAAGCCGCCAAUAAGUAUAAAAAGAAUUCGGGUGUUCGAUUCUUAAA